UUUUUUUGUUUCUGUUUGGGUUUUCAAAUCCUUCAUGCUCGAGUUUUGAUUCCGCCAUCGCCGCGGAUUAGCUGAGCUUAAUGGGUUGUUCUCAGUCGAAGAUCGAUAAUGAAGAAGCGAUAGCCCGUUGUAAAGAACGGAAGAUUCAUAUGAAGGAAGCGGUGACGACUCGAAAUGCUUUCGCCGCCGCGCACUCUGCCUAUUCUAUGUCGCUGAAAAAUAUUGGAGCCGCUUUAAGUGAUUAUGCCCAUGGUGAGGUUGAAAAUCCCCAAUUUGUUGAUGUAUCUACUCAACCUAAUUCUGCCAUUACUUCUGCUCCCGCCCCUAUUGAACCUUUUCCGCCGCCGCCGCCUUUGCCUCCUUCUAAUUUUCCUAAUUCUCUUGAAAGGGCGGCCACCAUGCCUGAGAUGAAUGUGCACAAAUCCGAUCUCAAGCCAGGAUCGCCGAUUAUUGAGGAAGAGGAUAAAAAUGAAAAUGAAGGCUCUGUUGGUGGGUUGAGGAGGAGGAGAAGCAACAAAAGUAAAAGGGAUGAAGGGAGUAGCAGAAAUAGAAAUUCGGAGCUAAAUGACAUUUUGGCCAAUGCAUCGCCGCAAGUGCCGCCGCCGCCACCAUCUGAGAACCGGCACAUUCCACCGCCCCCACAACAAAAUUCAACUUACGAUUAUUUCUUCUCUAUGGAUUUACCCGUCUCGACUUUCUCUGAAGUUGAUGAGGUAUACAUUAACAAAGAGGAGAUUGAUAUAAAGCCCAAGGUAGUGGACAUUGACGAUAUUGAUGAGCGGAGAAGAAGUGUAAAGGCUGAGACAGCGGAGCCAUUGCUCGAGGAGCCGGUGGAGCCGCCUCCCUCCCUGCCUGCAGAACCUGCAACUGCCGUGGCGAAGAGCUCGAAGAAGACGAACCAAGCAGGAUCUAUGGGGUCCAUAGAGGGAAAGAGGAUGGUUAAGCCAAAUUUGAAUUUGUUGCAGAUAUUUAUAGAUAUUGAUGAUCAUUUUCUCAAGUCUUGUGAGAGUGCCCGUGAAGUGUCCAAGAUGCUUGAGGCAACACGAUUACACUAUCAUUCAAACUUUGCUGAUAAUCGAGGUCACAUCGACCAUUCUGCCAGGGUGAUGCGUGUUAUUACAUGGAAUCGAUCAUUUAGGGGAUUGCCUAAUAUGGAUGAUGGAAAAGAUGAUUCCUAUGCAGAAGAACAAGAAACUCAUGCAACCGUGUUAGAUAAACUACUGGCAUGGGAAAAGAAGCUGUAUGAUGAAGUGAAGGCAGGUGAAGUUAUGAAAUUUGAAUACCAAAAGAAGGUUGCUACAUUGAAUAGACUGAAGAAACGAGAUUCUAAUGUAGAAGCAUUGGAGAAAGCAAAAGCAGCAGUAAGUCAUCUGCACACUAGAUAUAUUGUUGACAUGCAAUCCUUGGAUUCAACUGUCUCAGAGAUUAGUCGUCUACGAGACGAACAGUUAUACCCAAAACUUGUUCAGCUUGUUAAUGGGAUGGCGACGAUGUGGGAUACGAUGCGAGCUCAUCAUGAAAUGCAAUUGAAGAUCGUAAGUGCAUUGAGAUCGAUGGAUCUUUCUCAAUCCCCAAAAGAAACUAGUACCCAUCAUUACGAGCGCACGGUUCAACUGUGUGGUGUUGUGAGAGAUUGGCAUUCACAGUUUGAGAAGCUUGUCCGCUGUCAAAAAGAUUACAUUAAAGCCUUAAACAGUUGGUUGAAACAAAAUGUAGUUCCUAUAGAGAGUAGUUUGAAAGAGAAGGUUUCUUCUCCACCCAGAGCUCAAAGUCCUCCAAUUCAUAAACUCCUCCUCGCUUGGGACGAUCAACUCGAGAGACUCCCAGAUGAACAUCUCAAAACUGCCAUAUUCACCUUUGGUGGUGUGAUUAAUACUAUUAUGUUGCAGCAGGAUGACGAGAGGAAAUUGAUGUUAAAGUGGGAGGAGACCGAGAAAGAGCUCGAGCGCAAGGAGCGACAUUUUAACGACUGGCAUUACAAAUACCAGCAACGAAGAACACCUGAUGAGUUGGACCCUGAAAAGUCUGAAGAUAACACUCAAGAUUCCGUAGUUACGGAGAAGUUAAUCGAGGUAGAGUCAUGGAAAAGGAGAUUAGAAGAGGAAAAGGAAACUCAUGCGAAGCAAUGCCUUCAUGUGAGGGAGAAAUCGUUGUUAAGCCUUAAGAAUCAGCUGCCAGAACUCUUCAGGGCUUUGUCAGAAUUCUCUUUUUCUAGUUCGGAGAUGUACAAGAACUUGAGAUCGGUUUGUCAAGUCUAGAUUGAAGCAACAAACUUUAAACCAAAUCCUAUGGAAUUUUUAUGUUUUUCAUUGGUUAGGAGACUAUUUUUUUCUUUA